AUGUGCUGCAACUACUACGGGAACUCCUAUGGGGGCUGUGGCUACGGCUGUGGCUACGGCUCUGGCUAUGGCUGUGGCUAUGGCUCUGGGUAUGGCUGUGGCUACGGCUCUGGGUAUGGCUGUGGCUAUGGAUCCAGAUAUGGCUGUGGAUAUGGCUCUGGAUACGGCUGCGGCUACGGCUCUGGCUAUGGCUGUGGCUAUGGCUCUGGGUAUGGCUGUGGCUACGGCUCUGGGUAUGGCUGUGGCUAUGGCUGUGGCUAUGGCUCUGGGUAUGGCUGUGGCUAUGGAUCCAGAUAUGGCUGUGGAUAUGGCUCUGGAUACGGCUGUAGCUACGGCUCUGGCUAUGGCAGUGGCUGCUGUACCUUCCGACCAUGCUGCUACCGACGAUGCUAUUCCUCUUGCUGCUAG